AUGAGGGUCGACUCCAAGUACAACAACGAGACAUUCAUGUCGUCCAACAAGAUCGGCGGAUUCUUCAACCCUCUUGAGGCAUCACGCAGAUACCUUUUUGGUUCUGUUGGUGUCCUUGGUCAAAUGAACGAUUCUGUUAUCUCUGGUGCCCUUUCAUCCUUCGUGGUCUCAAUAUUGGCAAUCUUGGGCCGGCGUUUAUGGAUGUUGCCUCGGUAUCAGAUGAUUGUAAGACAUGUCUACUAGCUCGACAUAUGCGGGCGUAGCCUUGACCAGUGACAACAUCUGAGUUCGCAAUGGCCACAAGCGUCAAUGUUGAGCUCUGGAUCCGUUUCGGGGAUGAGUAUCAGCAUGCGCUCUCCAUCCCCGUUCACGAGUGUCAGCGAUUCUCAUUGCAUCCUCUCACCUGGUUGCGUUUUCUGGGAUACACCAUAUACGGCAAGGAAGGUUACAUCUCCCUUGAACGCGAUGGAGAACAGGUCGCGGAUUAUCGUCCUGACGGCGUGGCUAUAUCGGGUGGUAAUUAUUACUACAUAUCGCAAGACAGCGACUUUCGUUUGCUUGAUCCGAAGGCGAUGGACGAUAGAACCUCCUACACGCUGGAAGUCAAUAAGCGCCGGCCAUACUUCAAACGGGAUGUGGUCAAUCGUGAUAGGUGUUGCGUGGUGACUG